AUGUUUUCAAGAAUCGUACUCAGACAUCGUGCCAUCAGACUAACUAGUCGUUCCUCGCUGACCACUACUCUUACUACAACACCUCAGCGAGGUACGAUUUCGACAACACAUACUCUGAGAGCUUAUAACACAAUCUUAGCUAGAGAUUGGUCAUGCUUCAGAUGUGGUAGACAUAAAUAUGCGAAUAAAGAAGCGAGUCUGUGUCGUCAGUCUAAGAGGUCUAUUACAACAAUCAAUAGCGCAAAUCUCCCAGCUCAUACUAAGCCUGCUACAGCAAUUGGUCCAUACUCCCAUGCUGUACAGACACCUUUCGGUAUCUUUGUUUCCGGUCAACUCCCUGCAGAUUUCGAAGGAAACCUCGUAGAAGGAACAAUACGUGAAAAGACGGAAGCAGUUCUCAAAAACCUCCAAGAAGUUCUUGUCACCGCCAAGUCCUCUCUCGAUAGGAUUGUUAAGGUCCAAGUUUUCUUGACAGACAUGAAAGAUUUCGCCGAAAUGAACGAAGAGUAUGAAAAGUGGAUCACUCACAAACCAGCAAGAAGUUGUGUAGCCGUUAAGGAGUUACCGAAAGGUGUCAAUAUUGAGAUUGAAUGCAUCGCCUUGCCCUCAAUUACUGGGCCCAGGGAAUAA